AUGUCGGAUCGACUGUGGACCGAAAAGUAUUCGCGCUACCAAGUCGGAAACGACGCGCAGGUAGAGCAUCUGGAGAAUUGGCUACGAGACUUUAUGGACCGGAAACCGGGGACUAAGCGGGCCGCUCUCCUCACCGGCCCACCGGGCACCGGAAAGACGACCACCGCCUACAGGGUCUUGGAAGCGGCCGGAUGCUGCGUCGUCGAGCACAACAGCUCGAACGUCAGGACGAAGCUGCGCUUUGAGGCCGGGCUUAUGGAGACCGUAAACUCGGGCUCCAUAAUGGGCAUCUGCAACGCCAUCCUGAUAAAGGACGUCGACUUCCUGAACCCGUCCCUCGGAGGCCUGGAGGUGCUCAUGCGGCUCAUAAAUCCCGUCCGGGGGCUGAACAGAUCUAUCAAGGCUCAGGACAGGGCGGCCGCGCAGCUCGUGUGGAAAAUCCCCAUCAUCUGCACGAUCAACGGCGUGCCGAGGGGGCGCCUCAUCGACAUGGAGUCAGACAGUGAGUCUAUCAGGUUCGACAGGUUGACAGCAGUCGACCUCUCGAAGCUUGGUCUCCACAUCAUGGCGAUGGAAGGGGUCAUUCCGGACGAGCAGGUGGUGAGACACGCGGUCGAGGUGGCCGGAGGCGACGCCAGGAGCUUCCUCAACAUUCUGCAGAGCGGGCUCGGAGGGGCCACCGACAAGGAAGUGUCCCUCAUGGACAGCGCCAGGCUGAUCCUGGGAGAUAGCCCCGCAAGCGUCACGUCCAUCGUAGAAAGGACGGAGCACGACGCUCUGUCGAUGAUUUCAAUCUACUUUGAGAACUAUCUCUCCUCUGGUGGGCCGGAAGACCUGGCGACGGCGUCCGACCAGCUCUCACAGUCCGAUGUGGUGGAGAGCCGUGCCUUUCGGAACCACGACUUCUUCCUCCUGAAAUUCGCGGGCACUAUCGGGUGCAGCUCGGCCGCGAGACAGAGGCCGAGAGGCGGCAGUCUGAUGAUAGACAUGCAGCAGAGGCUGAGCAGGAGGAACUCCCCCGCGUUCCGGGGCAAAGUGACGGACGACCUUUUCUUCUCCAAUCUAAGAUCAAAGUGCUCGUACAUAGCCAUCAAGGGGAGGCAGCUGGCCACCCUGAGGUCGAAAAUGCUGAGAAGCGAGGCGGGAGCAGAGAUUGUCGAGUUCGUCGCGACUACCUUGACGAAGUUGCUGCGAAACGAAAACGCGUUGGCAGUUGCCAGAUUUUUGCGGAAUAGUGGGUUAACUGCAGAGAUGGCAGAGGACUGCUUGAGGAUCUCGAGCUUCAAAGUGGUCCGGGCCCGCGACCGGAGUCUUCUGAAAACCUGUGCAGGGACGAAGGGCGAGGAGUUGGAGCUGUGUAUUGCAGACGCGCCGCCCCAGACCCUGCUCGACGGAGAGCUGGUAUCGUCAAAGACGGACCCGGCAGAUAAACAGUUCCUAGUCUUUGAUGCAUUGCAUACAUGCAAAGGCAGCUUGAUCGACCGGAACCUGGGAGACCGGCUCGAUGCAGCGCAACGGGACUUUUUCGACAAGGGUCGGGUGGCGGUCAUGUCCGUCCACGGCAGAGACAUCAUGAUCCCCAUCCUGCUCAAGAUUCACGUCCCGGUGUCCAAGGGCUUGGACUUUGUGUCGACUGGCAUCCCCCAGCUGCCGUACCGCACCGACGGUCUCAUCUUCACACCGACGGACCGGCCGCUGACGUUUGGGACGAGCCGAAACAUCUUCAAGCACAAGCAGCUCACCAGAAAUACAGUCGACUUUGCUAUCACUGGCGCAGACGGAGUGUACUAUUUGGGAGUAAAUGACCGUGGAUCUUUGAAGAAUGUAGGGAAAUUCCGUCUCGAUGCGAAUUCGGCCCUGCUGCAAAUGAUCAUAGACGGGAGGAUUCAGAGAGGAUUUCCGCCCAUCUACGAGUGCAGUUUCGUCCCCGAGACGUCAAGCUGGAAGCCCGUCAAGCUGAGGAGAGAUAAAGAUAGGCCUAAUUCUAUGAUGGUGUACGACGCAACCCUAAAAAACAUCAGCGAAAACAUUGAGAUUCACGAGCUGUUUGCAUAA